AUGUUUAAUAGCCUACUUUACAUACCCAACAUAUUGGCCUACACUUUUAUAACACUGCUGGUCGUCAUCUUGGGCUUUAUAGUCAUCUAUGUAGUCCAUAAAAUCUACACAACUAUUUACGACAAUCUGCCCGUAGCUCAACUGGCCUCAAAGUCCUCACUAUCGAAUGAAAGUGAAACGCUGACAAACUGCAAUACCCUGCCGAACCAGGGCACUAAAGCGGAUGGUCUAAUGGGUCGUAAAUCGAAAACAGCUUUACGUAUUAUUGUUACCUUGGAGCCCUGCUAUUUGGCCUAUAUGGUGUUUGAAUCAAAAUUACUUUAUAACCCCCCAAGUAUUUAUCAAAAUUCCCGUAGUUUAACUAAUAAUAGCACCACUUCAUCGAUAAGAGAUUCUCAAGUUUCUGUAAUCACUGGCAACCAUCAUUGUUUGAUAAAAUAUUUUGAUAGUCUGGCCUCAAUACCAACUGGCAGAGAUUUACAAAAAUGCGAUCAAUUUAAAUUGCAAAGUAUGAAUACUAGACGUAGGCGCAAAUAA